CUCGCUGGAAAUUACCAUCAGACUCUGUUCAGACAACGCCUGGUGAAGCAUUGCGCUCAGGAGCCCCCCGACUUCACCGUACACCAUGUCCAAGGACUCUGCGGGUCUUCGAAAACGUAAGGGUCAAGCGAAGGAGAAACGUCAGGGGUCCGAAGGCGACGAGCUUCCCGGUGUUGAACCUACCACCAGUGCCACUUUGAAUGCUUUGAUUUACUUCCUCGUGUUCUGCGCCGUCGGCGGCGUCAUUUACAUCGCAAGUCCCGAACUCAUCAAAGGCCUGGUUCUUGAGUUCCUUGGUAUCGAAGCAGAGGCGGAAGCGGACUACUACUCAGGAGCGUCGCUUGUACCGAACUGGUGGGUGGCAGAUGUGGAGAAACGAGAUGCGGUCGUGAACGCAUUCAAAUGGGCAUGGCAUGCUUAUGAACGAGAUGCUAUGGGAGAUGAUGAAUAUCACCCCAUCUCCGGGAAGGGCACAAACCUGACAUCUGCUGGAGGUAUAGGUUACACAGUAGUAGAUUCCAUCGACACCAUGCUAUUGAUGGGCGAACCGCUGGCGGAAGAGUACAAGCGCGCGCGUAGCUGGGUUGCGGACAAGUUACAGUUUGAUUGUGACGCGAACUUCAACACGUUCGAGACCACAAUUCGCGUGCUUGGAGGUCUCCUUACAGCUUACCAUUUGUCCGGCGAGGAUACGAUGUACAUACGAAAGGCUGUUGACCUCGCUGACCGCAUUCUUCCCGCGUUCGAGACGCCUGCAGGCCUGCCGAUGAGCCUGAUCAACCUCGCGCAACGGAGAGGGUCGUUAGAUAAGGAUAACUACAACCUCAUUAGCACUGCAGAGGCAGCCACCCUACAGCUUGAGUUCAAGGACCUUGCAGAGUUGACUGGCAAUGAAGUUUAUUGGGAGAAAGUCGAGAAUGUUAUGCGAGUCAUCAAGAAGGCCCGAAUGCCUGCUGGCUUGGCCUCGAUAUUUCUGAGCCCGAACGAUGGUCAGUUCGUGCAAUCUGCUAUUCGCCUUGGUUCAAGGGGCGACUCGUACUACGAGUACCUGCUUAAGCAAUGGCUACAAACUAAUCAGACUGAAGACGUUUAUCGCGAGGCAGGUCCCCAACUAGGUAUGUAUGACGAUGCGAUGAACGCCAUUCAUAAUCACCUUAUCCAAAAGUCGAUCACUGGAAACUUCAUAUACACGGCCGAGCUCAUUCCAGAGCGAUCCGGACCGGGCGGUGAAGUUUCGUGGCGCUUAACGCCGAAACAGGACCAUUUGGCCUGCUUCAUCGGCGGUAGUCUCAUGCUAGGCGCUGUCACCUCUGGCGCUCUCAUCAGCCCAGUAUCUAUCCCGCCCAAGAUGAGCGAACUCACAGACCAAGGCAAACGCGACUGGAAGUCGGGCGUUGAGCUUGUGCGUACUUGCUGGAAUACACAUGACACGGCUACAGGUCUUGCCCCGGAGAUCGUUCACUUCCGUAUCAAGAGCGAUGGCAUGGAUCAGAUGAUGGGCUCUACUGCGCCACAUGACUGGUAUAUCAAAGGAGCUCGCCGAGGUGAAUUCCCACCUUACGACGCUCGCUACAUGCUCAGGCCCGAGACGGUGGAGUCUCUCUUUCUGGCCUAUCGCCUUACCGGUGAUGCGAGAUACCGGGAGUGGGGCUGGUCAAUUUUUAGGAGCAUCGAAAAGCAUUGCAAGGUCGAGACAGGGGGAUACGCGACUGUCGUGAACGUCGACGAAGUGCCAGUGAGACUCGAAGACAAAAUGGAGACGUUCCUCAUGAGCGAAACACUCAAGUACCUAUAUCUACUAUUUGCGGACGAGGAAAUCCUCCCGUUGUCACAAUACGUCCUGAACACCGAGGCUCAUCCAUUGCCAAUAUUUACUCCCAAUAUUCAUACGGGUUUCUCAUAAACUCGAGCGAGGCUGUAAAAUAUAUAUCGCACUGUUUGCUAAUCGGUGGUGUCGGUCCUUUGCGCUUUCUUUCGGUUACAAGUCCAUGAGGCAACAGCAAAAUUGCAAUCGUCGGACAUGCAUCUGAGACUAGAGCACUGCAGUUCUAGCAGCAGCGGGGAGCUCAACCCAUCCGCGCCUUCUUUCGGGACCCUCCGUGAUGUCCACUAGGAGCACCACCGCUAGCGAAGCUUGGUGCACUUCCUGU